CAUGUCCUCCUCGCCAGCUAGCAAACGUCACUCCAGACCGUCACCGACCACGCCAGUUCAGCCCCAGACCUCACAUCAUCCUUCAGCAACCGAGCCACCCGACUUAGCGCAUACAGUGCCUACUACUCAGGGAAAUAAUACAACCUCCAUGACUGCGUCAAAACCACAAUCUCCGACGUCUGGGAGUAGGAAACGCAAGUCAAUCAGCUCCGGCCAGCACGCCAACACCAUGGCAGACGCAACCAGUGGUGGAGAGGCGCAGAGUAGUGCGACGCCGGGCCAGAUAGACCAGGCCGAACCUGCUACGCAAGAACCAAAGGUCAAGAAGAGUCGAACCAACACACCCUGGACACCGGCAGAGGAGCUCAGACUCAAGCACAUGAGAGAUGCAGGUAACAGCUGGAGCGAGAUCGCAAAGACCUUCCCACAGCGAACAGAAGGGAGUGUAAAGAAGCAUUGGUACAAAGAUAUGCACUACGCCGAGUUUGCAGAGGACGAAAGCGCAGCGUUACUUGCCGCGAUCAAGGAGUAUGAUGCCAACAAGUGGAAAGCCAUCGGCCAGAAGGUUGGCAAACCCGCAAAAGCCUGCGAGCAGUAUGCGAAGGAGCAUUUCGGAGGGAAAUAUUGA